CAAGGAAGAUUGUUUUCUUAUCCAGAUUCUCAGAGACACAGAUUGGGACCCAACUUUCUUCAGAUUCCGGUCAACUGCCCGCUGCACAUCCGAAAUUAUCAACGAGACGGUGCAAUGUCGUACAGUAAUCAGGGAGAUAACCCGGUCUAUCAUCCGAACUCACUAGAUUCGUUUAACAUCAGUCAAAAGGCAGCAAAAUUAAGUCCGUCGUAUUUCACUUAUGGUUAUGUGGACAAGUACGACGUUGGAGACGAAGAUAAUUUUUCUCAAGCUACAGAUUUCUAUGAAAAGACAUUAGAUGAAGCAGCCAGGACAAAUUUGAUUGAAAAUUUGGCAAGUUCACUUUCCACAGCAUCUGGUUAUCUCCAAAGACGAGCAGUUGACAUGUUCGGCAACGUUUCGAAAGACAUGAAAGCUCGACUUGAAACAAAGCUAGGAUUACAAUAAUUAGGUAUUCUUCAUUAUUUCUCAAUUAAUUAUUAUUAAAAUCUCCGCAAAGGAGAACCGAUCGAUCUGAGAGUUCCUCCAUACGUUUUAAAUAUAAUUUUAUUUUUUUACAAAACAUAUACACACGUACCUGUAGUUAAAUUUUAUAAAAAGUAUGUAAUGACUGGAUUUGUAAGACAUUUAGUUUUCUUUGGCAAAGCUACUAUCAAGGAAAUUGUUUUUUUUUUUAUUUAUUUAACUUUGGUGGUUAUCUUUAUCAAAUAAUACUUUUGAAAACAGAGUAUAGGUAAUGUAUAAAUGAAUUACAUAAUUGAGUUUGCAUAGAAAGCAAAUUA